CCACCAUUUCAUAAACUGCUCUUUUCGUCGCUAUGCCAACGGCAUGAAACUUGAAAGGUCAACCAAUGAAUGCAAAGGAUGAUUUUAAAGAUGGCGCAAAAUGAGCAACUGAGUGCAAGCCCAACUUUAAAGUCCACAGCUUUAUGAAACAUUGAUUAGAAUGGAUGAAAGACAUUGGUGGAUAGCCACUAAGCUACAGCAGACUUUCAAAUCAGAUCAACUGAACACCUUAUAUGCAAACUUUGUUGAAGACUUCCUUGCAGAUCAGGAUAUAGUUGAAAACAUAAAUGAGUUCAUCAGCUCCUCUGGCAGCAACAAGCUGAUUUUCUAUUGUCAGAAACCAAAUGAAAAUGACCAAGAAGAGAACCACACAGAUGCAAAGAUUGCUGUUGCAACAUCAGCCCUAAAGCUUAAAGACUUGGUCUUAGAUAAUUCAGUUUGUGUUGUCCUAAUAAGAACAAAUAUUGGUCUUGAAAUAGAACCAAAUGCAGUGGAGAAAGAAAUAUUUGCUCUAGAGUUGAAGCAAAAUACAAUUUCUUCAUUUUCCAAUCUCUUGUCCAGUGCAUUUUUGCCCUUCUUUCGUGCUCAGUCAGAUUGGGGUGAAUGCUAUGAACAUGAUGUUGUUGAAUUUCUCAUGCAAGUGGACAAGUACUCUUCUACAUUACAAGAGUAUGCUGCUAUUGUUACAGUUCCCCACCAUCUCCUCAAGAGACCUAACAUGCAUACUGUCAACGAGCUUAAACAGAGUAGAUUGUUAACUCUUAACCCUGCUCUUAUAAAUGAAUACGAGUCACUGGUUCAAGAAUGGAUUCAUACUAUUGAAACACUGUUGUCAGAAACUCUCGAUGAAAGACCUGAUGUGUUCAGUGGACCCUUGUCUGAACUGGAAAUAUGGCAAAGAAGGCAGAAGAUGUUGCUAAGUGUUGCAGACCAGUUAAAGAACAAAGAAUGCAAAACUGUCAUUGGCAUUCUCAUAACUGCAAAAUCUAGGGUAUUGAAGAAAUGGAAAAUAGUUGAUGCAGGGUUAACUGAUGCAAUAAAUGAGACAAAAGACAAAGUGAAAUACCUUGAAUCCUUGAGACGAUAUUUUGAUCAGCUUUAUGAAGACAAUUCACCAUCACAUAUAGCCAAUAAUGUUAUACCAUCUAUCACAGCGGCUAUUCGACAAAUGGACAACAUUUCAAAGUUUUAUGCCAGAUCUGGCUACCUUGGAAUCGUUUUUGCUAAGAUAACAAACCAAUUAGUGAUGAGUUGCAGACGUGCAAUUAAUUCUUAUCUCAAGCGGUUUACCCAACAUGAUGCUGCCGUUUCUGUUUGGAAUGCAGUAGAAAGCGACAUAGUAAAUCCCAGCCACUCAGGUUUGGAAUCCUCCAUUAAAUCCAAGAAGGGAACAGCCCAAGAAGGUUCAGCUAGCUGGGAUUUCAUCACAACGUUACGAUCUUGUUUGCAACUUCAUAAACAAUAUCGUGACCAGAUAAGACACUUGAAGGAUUCCCUUGGUGGUUCACAUGCUCUACAGCAUAUCCCUGCAUUGUCUUUCGGGAAUACAAUGAAGAAAUAUGCAUCACCUAGUCUUGGUAACAUAAGCACUGCUUCAAGCAAAGUAAAUGCAUCGAAUAUCUCGCCACCUUUAUUGCCUUCUGAGAGAGGUCGAAUUGGAACAGCAUCAGUUGCAUCGGGUAUUCUCACUGGUAUUGCCUUUACCGACGAAGAGGCAAUAAUCGGAUACUUCGAUCUCUUUGCGCAUCGUGUACAUAAUCUUAUUGAUAUUGUUGACACUGUAAAACAGUUUUCACAACUUCAAGUCACCGCCGGUGGGCUGCCGAUACUGAGCCCAAAACAACGCCAGAUAAAAGGAGAAAAUGGCACUACCAGUGCACCAGGCAAACCGGAAAAGUCAGAUCUAUUUGAUGAAGCUCCGAUUGUUUUUGAUAGCGAAGAUGGUGACGAUACCUUGUUGAGUGAGGAUGAAUCGGGAAUUCAGGAGUCAAACGAUUCCCAGCCUGUGGAAAGUGUUUCAAAGAUGCUUGCACAAUAUGUGGGCGGACUCAAGGAACUUUUAAAGAACAACCUGAAAGCAGAUAAUUGCCUGAUAAUUGAUGGAAAAGGGAAAAACCAAUUUGAAACCCUAUAUGCAGAUUUCAUUGUGAAAGUGGAAGUCAUGGAGAAUUUCAUCAUUAACUAUAUUAAGGAUGUCUUUAACAUGAAAUGGAAAACACAAAAAGCACUUGAUAUUUUGAAAAGCUUCAAACCAGUGAUAUCACGUUUAGGCCUUCGUCCUAUCCUCUCUGAGAAGUAUAUCGAAGCUUUUAUUGGAUACGAAAAGGACCUUGAUGAAGUGAAGGAUACAUACGAGCAGUUUAAGGAAAAUCCGCAGAUUGCCAGAAAUUCACCUAGGGUAGCAGGAUCGAUAUUCUGGUCACGCAGCCUUCUUCGAAGAAUUGAAGAGCCAAUGAAAGUUUUUAAAGACGUCAAAUUUGUAUCAGCAUUAAAGGAUUUCACCCGCGUGGUGAAGUAUUACAAUCGUUUGGCUGCAGUUUUGGUAAAAUUCGAAGAACUGCUCUUGAUUUCUUGGAAAUCGCAAAUCGAUGUAGUUAAAGUCGGUCUGAAAGCGUCGCUCCUGCGACUCAAUGAAGACAAAAAGGUCGAAGUCAACGUCGAGAAAAGCGUACUUGAAGUGAUGAACGAAGUGAAGUGGAUGAAAAGAUUGAACUUGUCAAUUCCUAAUUCUGCAACUGAAGUUUCUCUGCAGGAAACUCGAUUCAAGAAUUAUUACCACAAGCUUCACUGGAUAAUGCAGCUUUAUAAUGAAGUGUGCGAAAAUGUCCCAGUUCCCUUACGAAAACUGAUGACUCCGCUGACGGAAUCCAUUUUGUACUAUUUACAACCUGGUUUGUCCACUCUCACAUGGAGUUCACUCAACAUCGAUGCAUAUCUUCAUCAGUGCCAUGUCGUGAUACAAAAAUUGCAAAAGACAGUUGAUAAAGUGCGCAAGUUAGUAAAAGAAGGCCUUGCUGAUAACAUAGAAAAGAUUAAGCAGCUGAGCUUUUUUGACGAGAGCAAAGCAGUAUCAAGAACUUGGACUACUAACGAGUUUGUUAAUGAGCAGAAAGAAUUUUCCGCCAUUGUAUCAAAGAGAUUGUCAAAAACGAUCUCGGGAAUGGAGACAGCACUACAGCAAAUUACAUCUGUAAUAGUGCAGCAAAUGCUUUCGUCAUCAACGCAAACCCCUCCUGCAACACCAGGGCUUCUCUACUCGACGUCAACCCCAACCAGGCUCCUGCAAUCUGAAUCCAGAACAUCUUCAUCAGAUCCCUAUGGCCUGCAUAGAGGUAGCAGAAAUCCAGUCUCGCCACCGUCAGGAAUCCUUGAUGACGCAAAAGUAGCCGAAGUUAAGGUGCAUUAUUGCAGCCAAGUCUACGAAGCAGUUGUAAUUGCAAUCAAUGAAUCACUAAUGGCACUCAACCGAAACCUUGAUUGGAUGGAUAUAGGAAAGAGCGAAUUUCAUGGAAAAAGGGAACCAGGAAAGACUGAAAUAAACUUUGAUGUCCAAAUCGAGUUUUUGCUACCAGACAUGUGCGUUAAGCCAUCUCUUUCGGACGUCCAAGGAGCUAUCAAGAUGGUAGCUGAUGAUAUUGUAGAUAUCGGCAAAAACGUACAUUGGUGGGCAAAAGAUACCAGCAAGACUUUCUAUUCAUCAAUAUUAGCAGAGAAGAGCAUUAAAAUGUCAUUAGAAAAAGUAUCCGGCAUCAUAAUGGGCUUGCAGAAUACAUUAGACGGUGUUCUUAUGAGCUUCAAGCGAUUUGAUUUCCUUUGGCAAGAUGAUCUACAAGUCCUUUUCAAAGCGUUCUCGGAUGCAAGUCCAGGACUACCGGCGUUUCACAGGGAGGUGGAGCGCCUGCAAAAAAUCGAAAGAGAUCUAGUGUCCACACCAGAUAACCUAGAGCUAGGGCCUCUCGUUCUGAGUACUAUCCCUAUUAAAGAUUGCUUGUACGGAUUUGCUAUUGCGUGGAAAAUCUGCUAUGCUCAACCUAUACAUGAGAGUGCCAAGGUCGAGUUAAAGAAGAUAGUGGAUAAAAGGGAGUCAUUUCGCAGUCAGUUGACAUCAGAAAUCUCUUCUCUUGAUCAACUGAACAAAGUUCUGAAUCUUCUUCAAGAGCUGUAUGACUUGGAAAACACUAUCGAUGAUUUGUACUUGCCUGUUGAAACAACAUACAAAAAGCUAUUAGAGUAUGACGUAAAAAUUGCAAGAGAUGAAGUGCAGGAAGUGAACGGCCUUCGGGAAAAGUGGUCAGAGCUUUUGUCAUUUGCAUCCGAGAUAAGAUGGCAGCUGCUCCAGAAGAAAAGGACGGUUUUCGAGCAAGAACUUGAUAAACAAGUAAAAACAUUUGUCGUUGAAGUGAUUCAGUUUAGAAACAGCUUUGACUCGCAAGGCCCUGGCGUUCCUGGUGUUAUUCCAUCAGAAGCAGUUAGACGUUUAAAGCUAUUCCAUGACAAAUUCCGUCAACUGGACUACAGGAGGAAAGUUUUGGAUGCCGUUCAGAUUAUAUUUGGAAUAGCACCUACCCCGUUUCCAGAGCUCAACAGAACUGGGGAGGAACUUGAAAUGCUUGAAAUGUUGUACGGGCUUUACCAGAAAUUUAUAAACUUUGAUCAAAGUUUUCGCGAGCAACUAUGGGCUGAAGCAGAUCUUCUCAAAGCAAAUCAAGAGGUCAACAAAUAUUGGAAAGACUGCACGAAUCUGCCAUCAGCAAUUAGAAGCUGGACUGCUUACAAGGAAAUGAGAGAUGCAAUAAGAAGUUACAUUGAUGUCUUUCCUCUUUUAAAUAAGCUCGCUUCAAGGGAGAUCAGAAACAGGCACUGGCUUGAAGUGAUGGCGGUUACGGGAACAUCAUUUCAGCUGGAAGCGAAUGUUUUCAAGUUGAUGCAUUUGCUGGAUUCACAGCUUGCUAAACAUAAAGAGGAGAUUGAAGAAAUUGUGCAGAAUGCAGGCAAGGAGCUUGAUCUGGAAAUCAGAAUAAGAGCUAUUGAGGAAGAAUGGACAGAGCAGGUUUUGAAUUUUGAGAGAUUCAAAAAUCGUGGCUUGGUUUGCAUCGACAAAGAAAAUACUGAGAAACUGUUAGAGAUAGCAGAAGAUGCCAAGUCUUCAUUAGCAAUCAUGCUGACGUCAAAACACGUAGCUCCUUUGCGCGAUGAAGCUGCCAGUUGGGCUGUUAAACUGAAAGAGGUUGGAGAGGUUCUUGAUCAGUGGCUUUCAGUGCAAGAGCUGUGGCAAUGCCUAGAGGAGGUAUUCAGCAAUUCUGCAACGGCAAAGGAGCUGCCCCAAGAGUCUUCAAGAUUUGCACGCGUUGAUCGGGGCUAUAUGAAGACGAUGAAGAAGGCUGUAGAGAUCAGAAAUGUGAUGCAGUGCUGUGUCGGUGGUGAUGUACCAAAAAAUCAGAUGCUUAAGGGGCUUUAUGAGGAGCUGGAAAUCUGCUUUAAAUCGCUGGCUGGAUAUUUAAACAAAAAGCGAAAGGAAUUUCCAAGAUUUUAUUUUGUAAACGAUGCCUCACUUCUCAACAUUCUAAGCAAGCCCUACAAUUUGGAUUCUGUGAGGCGUUAUUUACCGGCAAUUUUCAGUGGGAUUCAUUCAAUAGAUGUUUUCGCAAAGCACGAAAGAAAUGGAAAAUCUAAACUUCUAUCAACUAAAAAUUUAUCAACGGAUGUAGUAGAAAGACUCGUGUACACCCCAGACCGGAAGAGAAGUGGCAGUAUGGAUCGAAUGUUAUCUCCAAUUAUUGAUGGGCAAGAGGAGAAACCUUUAUCAAAGCAAGGCCGGACCUUUACUGACAAAGCUUCUUCGAUUAACCUUGAGCAAACGACAAAUUUGGAGGAGUGGAAAAAUGAUCUGCCUCAUUUGAAAAUGGUCGCUGUUUCAGAUGCUGUCGGUGAGAAGAUAAACUUAGAUGUACAGGUUCGUCUUGAAAAUGGUGUCGAAUGCUGGCUAAAAUCGUUGCUCAGUCAAACUAAGUCUACACUGAAAAAUUUGAUGCAGCAAUGCCGUGUUGACAUCGAAAAUGGGAUGUCCAUUGAAGACUGGACAUUUAAGUAUCCAUCACAAGUCGUACUCAUCAAUCUUUUUCAUAUUUGGACAUUGGAAUGUGAAUCGGGAAUAUCCGAAAUCCGCGUCGAAAGGAAAGCUUUGGCCAUUGCCCUCAGGAGGUACACAACAUUGUUUAAUAAGAUCCCACAGAUCAUAGCACGUGGUGCCUGGAGGAAUUCCGAUGUAGCACUAAGCGCUGUGCAUCAGUCUCGCCUUGAAUCACUGAUAAGUGUUGGCCUUUAUUUACGUGAUAUUCUUGAAGAUCUGGGACGACGAAAGCUGAGAGAGGCUUCUGAUUUCGAAUGGCAGCGAAAUCUUCGUUUCUACUUUGAAAACAGUGAAAAUGAGUCAGAUGAACUCUCGCUUGCCCUUCACGUCCUAAACACGAAAUUCGACUAUGGUUACGAAUUCACCAAUUGCAAGUUUCCAAUCAUCAUGACCUCUUUGACAGAGCGGUGCUUUGUAUCGCUCACCCAGGCAGUCAGCAGCAACUUUGGUGGCUGCUUGCAAGGCCCAGCCUCCACAGGAAAGACUCAGACAAUCAAAGGCUUUGCUCACUUGCUUGGAAGGUUUCUCAUAUCAAUCAGCUGUUUAAAAGACUUUGAAGUUAAUUCAAUAGGAAGAAUUUUUACUGGUGUAGCUCAGGAAGCAGCAUGGUGCCUUUUUGACGAGUUUCAGCAAGCAUCGUCUAUUACUGUUUCCGUGAUAACCUACUAUGCACAACAUAUUCUGAACGCCAUUCGAAGCAAGCAGAAUAUCUGUUAUUUGCUGGAUUCGCAACAGAUCUCCGUGAUGCCGUCUCUGGCCAUUUUCACAACAGCUACCAGCACUGCUGAAGCAAGACUCUCUAUUCCGCAGUCCACGCUCAAUCUGUUUAGGGAAAUCUGCCUAGUGAAGCCUGAUUAUUCUGUAAUACUGCGAACACAUCUGGCUGCUCAAGGCUUCAAGUCAUACAAAAUGCUUGCAGAUAAGAUACGAAUGGUCGAAGAAGUCUGCUUGAACCAGCUGAAAGCGAAAAGACACGUCCUUUUCAACAUGGCAAGCUUGAUUUCAAUAACCAAAAGAGCAGGACAGAAGAGGAAGCUCGCCCAGACUAAAGUCAACGAUACGGACGUAGAAACUACACGUGUUGGCAGCGCUGUCUCAUCUGUAAACACAUUCUCUACAUCUGGACCAAGGGGAAAAGACCGGAAAUUGGCAACUCCGGUAACAAUGUCAGGGCCAGUGAAAACAGAACAUUCGUUUGUACUGAAAUCUUUGAUUGAAUGCAUCGGAUCAAGGAUGUCACAAGAGGAACAAGUAAUUUUCAUGUCGACUAUCAGGGAUGUGUUUGCACAUGCCUUGGAAGGCAUCACUGCUCCCAGAAGUAAAGAUGAGAAGGAAAUAGAAGAAAUUUUUACAAAGCUUGUAACGGAGAAGGGACUUGUUGCACACCCUCCAUGGAUGCUUAAGGCUAUAGAACUGUAUCAGCUGUCUACUGUUCACCAUGGCAUCAUUGUAUGUGGCAAUGGUGGGAGUGGAAAAACAGCUUGCAUUGAAAACCUAAUCGAGGCUUUGAAUGAGCAUGCCUCAAGUAAAGUUUUGGUUGGUAGCAGCAAAACGAGGCUGCAUAAAUUAGAACGUAUCAACGUGUUAGCUACCUCGGAUAUCAAUUUAAUGUUUGGCUUUAUAAAGCCGUCAGGAGACUGGGCCGACGGUGUUUUUACGUCAAUCUGGAAACGAUCGAAUAAACAUACCGGCACUGCAACAACAACAUGGCUUUGCUUCGAUGCUCCUGUGCAAGAUAUCUGGUGCAGAAAUUUGAAAAGUGUGUUGGAUCGUGGAAAGUACCUCACUUUACCAAACAUGGAAAGAAUGCAAGUAACUGGAAAUUUGAAAGUUUUAUUUGAAAGCUGUUCUCUUGAAGAGGCUGAUCCAUCUAUUGUUUCACGCAUGGGCCUCGUCUUCAUGGACGACCGAGUGCUUGGAUGGAGACCUCUGGCUGAUGCAUGGUUGGCGGGGAGGCCAACACAACAUGUCCACAUCUUGCAAAGAGCUUUCAGUAAAGUACUUGAUCCUAUACUUGCUUUCAUGGAGCAAGAAGCCAAGCCAUGUUUGAAGCUAUCAGAGAAUGUAUUGUUUUCCUCUUGUUUGAGUAUGCUAACGGCUCUUUUGCAAGAGCACACAGAUCUAGGCGGUGAUUUGCACGUAGAGAGGCUCUUUGUCUUUUCUUUGAUCUGGACCUUCGGAGGCCUCUUGACACGAGAGCAAGAUCAAAAGAGCUUCAGUCAGAUCCUUCUUGCUGUAAGCACGGCAUUGCCUGAUUAUGACCACUAUGUCUCUGUUUUCGACUACUAUGUCGACGAAUCUGGUGAAUGGGACAACUGGGAAGUACGUCUUCCUGAAGUAACAUACAAUAGCUCGCUGGACCUUCUUGAAGAUAAUUUUGUCGAGACCGUGGAUACAAUGAGAGCGCGCUUUUUGAUGGAGCUUGUCUCCUCUGUCGACAGGAAUGUUCUUCUUAUAGGACCGAAAGGUUGUGGCAAAACCUGUGUGAUAAAUGAUUUUUAUAGCAGUAGAGAUGACAGGAAUACCAUCGUUAAACGCGUUGUUUAUUCAGCUGGUACCACUGCCUCGACGCUGCAAAAGUUCAUGGAAAGUGUUUUGUAUCACAGACAAGGGUUUGUUUAUGGAGCUGAAGAAAACAAGAAAAUGAUUCUGUUUUGUGAUGAUCUACACGUGGCUACAACCAAGCCUGAUGACCAUGACUUCAUAUCUGCCAAUGAGUUUCUUAGGCAGCUCUUGGAUAACAAGAUGAUAUUCAACUUGAAGAAACCAUUUGAUCGUAGAUUCAUCGAAGGCUUAGCUAUAACUGCUUCGUUGUCACUGCCACUGAAUCACAGCUCGUCUGACACUCCCAAAAUAUCAGAUCGGCUUUUGCGCCAUUUCAACAUCAUACAGUUACCGGAGCCCACCCAGAACAUAAGACAAACCAUCGUAACAGCAAUGCUUGAAGCGAACAUGUGCGCAAAUCAGUCUAAUGGUCUUUCACAAGAAAUACAGGAGCAGAUUGUUGCUGCCUCGUGCAGCCUUCUUGAAUCAGUCUGUGACGUGCUCAGGCCUAGCCCAAUACCAGGUAGAAGAAGCUACCAGUUUAGUCUGAAAGACCUGCAAAGAAUCUUUCAGUCAUUGAAGAAUUGUCCAGAAGAAAUACGAGCAGACGAUGAGAACUUCCUGAUAUCGUUCUGGCAGUAUGAGGCAAGAAGGGUCUUCCAAGAUCGCAUCGCACAAGCUGCUGAUCUAAACUGGUUUGAGGAAACGAUAAAGGCAGUCACCAAACAGCACUUUCCAUCCAUCCCCGCAAACACCCAGAACACCUUCUUCGCAACAUUCGCCAGUGAUUUCCAUCUCCAAGCUCAAAGAUCAGCAACACAAAUCAGCAAAGGCUCUGGACGCAAAGUGGCACUUCAGUCAUUUUCAAAUAUAGCUGAGGUAUCGAGUUGUCUUAAGGUCUUCCUGACAAGAUACAACGAACAAUACAAUAAAACACUGCCUAUUGUUCUCUCCGACCAUGCCAUGAGACAUUUAGUGAGGGUUCACAGAAUCGUCAGUUUCAAAGCAAGUGGUAACGCCCUAUUGAUCGGGUCUAUUGGAACACAUUUAUCCUCUCUAAUCAAGCUUGUGCUGUACAUGCUCAAUAUCCCCAUCCAUCCUAUUGAUUACUCUAACAAGAGCUCAUUUUUCGAUGGCCUGAGAUCUGCAGUAAGAACAGCCGGCUGCGAGGGAAAGCAGACAGCCGUCUUACUCGAGGAAACCGACCUUCGUGAUAAAUCAUAUUUGGACGCAGUUAAUAAUAUUCUCAGCACUGGUAGCUGCCCACUUCUUUUUACUGAAGAGGAACUGCGGAGCCUAAUCGCUGCCUUGCUUCCGUCGAUCAAGAAAGAGUAUUCCGGCUUUCUAUCAGAUCCUGUUAGAUUUUUCGAAAUUCGUGUCAAGCUCAACCUUCAUAUCAUCAUUUGCCUUCAACCUGGAAGUUCGAUUUUUAGAAAUAUGUCAAGAGAUUAUCCGGGAAUAAUAUCAGGUUGUCAAAUCAACUGGGUUAUGGACUGGCCAUUGGAUGCUUUAUCCGGUGAACUGUCGCAAUAUUUCGAAAAGUAUAAUCUUCUCAGCGAUAUCAAUGCGAACAUAAGAGAGAAGGUCAUCCAGUCAAUUUCAAGCAUUCAUUCUCGGAUCCUUAAAGAAAGCAAUCAAAUUCCUUGGGCUGAAGACGCUUGUAGCGGGGAUCAUAAAGAGGCUGACCCAAAUGCCGAAAACCUGCCUCGUUCAAAGCAAAUCCUGUUACACCGAAUCCUACACAAGGACGUUUCGUGGUCACGUGAGCCUGCAAUGGGGGUAUUUGUCGGACCGACAACCUUUCACAGAUUCAUGCAUUGCUUUCGAUAUGUCUUCAACACCAAAGCAGCGGAGACAAGUGAGAAGGUUAACAAAAGAAGAAAAGCGCUUUCUGCAUUGCAACAAGCAAGAGCAAACGUCACCAGACUUAAAGAGAUGAUUUCUAAGCUCAAGGCGGAGCUAGGUGGCUCAGUUAAGAAAACCGAGCAACUUUUAGCUGCCUUGAUAUCCAAAGCAACAUUACGAGAACGGCUGAAGGCAAAGCUUGACAAAGGGAGCAGCAGUCUAAAGGCUUUUAUGGCCUUGAUUGAUAGUGAGAUGGAAGAUGGUUUGACAGAGUCAAUGCUGCUUGAUGAUUAUGAUGAACUUGAUGAGGAGUACGAAAGGUUGAAAAUAUCUCAACAGCUGAUGCGAAAGUCAAGGACGUUGGAAGAGUUACUAAGUGAUGCUGAAAAGGAAGUCGAGGAGACAAAAGCCGAAUUGGAGAAAUCGUCCGAGAAGGUUGGCUUUCUUCAAAAGAAGAUCGAUCGCGGAACCAUCGAGCGACUUCGAGCCUUCCAGAAUCCGCCUCCUAUGGUUGGAAUGACAAUGGUAAUGCUAAUGAUACUUAUAGGAAGGCCGGAAUUCGCUUCGUAUGUAGUAUCCUCUCCUACCAAAGGAGAGAAAAAGCAUGACGGCGUUUCACAUUCCGAUGAAGCAUCAAGAAUAAGCUCUGCAACUUCUAGGCGAAAACGCGAUCAAACACACAAGCCUUCAUACCAAAGUAUGGGCAUCAGGCCACAUUCAAGGACUACUCCAUCAUAUGACAUUGAUUGGGGAUUAACUGCUGACGGUCGCAGUGUAGACAAAAAUACAUGGAAGACUAUCCAAGUAAUAAUGAACGACACACAGAAAUUUUCCGAAAACAUAAACAAUCUUGAAUGGAAUGAUGGGAUAGCAGAUGACGUAUUGAAGACGGUCUUGUCUUAUUUUUCACCGGCAGAAGAUAGUGUUAGGGGUCUGGUGCCUAGGGUGUCACAUUCGUCAACACCGAGCAUGAAGGCGUCAACAGCACCGCGGACAUCUAGUCCAGAAAAAAAGCAAACUGGAGUGACAUUGGCUGCUGCGCGCUACUCUUCCGAGGACGCUGCGCAGGUUGUUGAAUACAUCCAGGCAGUGAUUGACUACACUGUAAAAAGCAAGCCGUACAGAAAAGCAGUGCAGACUUUGAAGGAGCUUAAAAAUGAAAUGGAGAUUAUCGAGAGUAGGGAAGCAGAAAGAAAAAUGACAAAAACAGAUGAAGUAGAAGAAGAGCAACCUGUGCACGUGGAUCCGACAGAGGGUUUGUCUGAGGAAGAUCUACCUCGUCUUGACGCAGAGAUUGAAGAACUGCAGAAGCAAUUUGAUGAAAUCGCCAUUCAUAAAUACAACUUGAGUCAGAAAAUCAGCGAGUAUUCGGAGAAACUCAAGAGCCUCACGGAGCUUCUUGACAGCUUGAAGCCAGUGGAGGCCAACUGGAAUUACUUCAUGGAGGACCACACUGCCAUGGAUGUUCUGCUGACCAAUUCAAUCUGUGCAGCUGCUUUUCUCACUUACUGUGGCCCAAUGGGAAUUGACCAAAGAAAGCGACUGUCGCAGUUUUUCCUGAGCAACUGCAGAGAACAUGGCGUUCCCACGGAGAAGAAGAAGAUUUUUAAAGAUAUAUCUCUUGCAAAGUUCCUGGUUGGAAAGCAAAUGCUGAGAAUUUGGAAAGCAAUGAGUUUCCCUAUGGAUAAUAUUUCAAUGGACAACAUCUGUAUCACAACACAACGUGACUGCUCCAGCGCAUGGGCUUUGCUUUGUGAUCCGCAGAGGGUUGCUGUUCAUUGGAUCGAAAAGCUGUUACAAGAUACCACGAUUGUGAAACAUAAGGAGCUCAGAGGAGAGCUUGAAAUGUGCCUCACAGAAGGACGAACGUUGCUGAUUUCUGAUGUUGACCUAAAGGCCUUGGCCACUGACGACAAGUUUAAUUCAUUGCUUCGGAACAGACCGGCAUUUAUAAGAGCAAAUGCACCAUUUAAGCUCAUGAUUGGUGAUGAGGAGAUAGAGUGCUCACCAUCAUUCAGGUUGUUCCUAAUCACAACCAACCCUGCCAAUUUGAUACCCGCAAGCAUCGCUGCUUACGCCAAUGUUAUUGAAUUCAGUCAGUCACGUGAUGGACUUGCCGAGCAGUUUUUAUACCGAUUCAUUAAACUCGAGAAGCCUAGAAUUCAUGAUACUUUGUACCAAGUUGCACAGGAAAUUGUAACUCAUUUGACAACAAAAGACAGAGCUGAAGAGCAAUUGCUUCAGAAUUUAAGCAGCGUCGAUAACCCACUAUCAGACUUUUCUUCAAUUAAACGAGCAUAUUCUAUCAAAAGAUUCUAUGAUGAGUCUCAAGAAAGCUUGUCCAAAGCCACGAGUGCGGAGAGGUCUAUUAUGAAUUCAAGAGAGACGUAUCGCUCGAUAGCCGUUUGUGCCGCUGUUUUGUUUGAUGCGUCACUGUCAAUGUCGGUUGUAAAUCCGUUGUAUCAGGUGUCAUUCAGCCAGUUUGUUUCUGUCUUCGAUGCAUCAAUCAAGCACUCUGACAGAAAUGCCGUCAGUGCAGUCGUCGAAAAAGUGCAGUACAACGCAUUUGUGUCUAGAUCAAUAGGCCUUUUUGAGGAAGACAGACCGCUAUUUGCCCUUCUAGUGGCAUUGGAAAUAGAAGAUUCGAACGGGAAGAUCGCUGUUGGUGAGAGAGAGUUCCUAAUAAGCCCACCUUUUGGAGCAGCGGUCAGACAACUUGCUUACCCUAACUGGGAAGUACCACCUAAAACUCUCACGAAAAAGCCAUUUGAUUGGCUAUUGGAUGAGCAAUUUCAUAAUAUGCAGCUUCUUGCGCAAUAUUUUGAUUGGUUUUUGGAGACAUUUGAGAAAAUGCCCAAAGAUGGCAGAGAAACGCAAUGGAGGCAAAUCGCUGAGCAUGAGAGACCAGAGAUGGUAACAUUGCCCGACAAUCUAGAUGACAGGUUUUUGCCUAUUCAUCGGCUUCUCAUUAUUCGGUCUCUGAGGGGAGAUCGCCUCUUGCAAGCAGCAUCUGUAUUUGUAACUAUGUCAUUGGGUAAAAGGUAUUCUGGUCAUAUCGAAGUAGACCUUGCUAGUCUUGUCAAACAAAGUACACCCAAAUCACCAAUCCUGCUGUUCUAUCGAAAGGAAGCCGAAGUCACUGAGAAACUACUUACUGAUUACGCCGAGGCAAAACAGGCUAGAUUGGAAAUCAUUCAUUUAUGUGGCAUGAAUGGAGAGGAAAAACAUGCAAAGAAGGUCAUUCGCACAUGCAUGAAAUCGGGUGACUGGGUCCUUAUUCUAAAUGGACACAACUGUAUCCAGCUGCUGGAGGGUCUCGAUUCUUUGUUAAAUGAGACGGCAAAUAUUGAUACCAAUUUCAGGCUCUGGAUCUCUUCCAUUGAGGAACCUUCUUUGCCAUCUUCUCUGCUUCAGAGCUCCGUUACUGCGAUCAUAGAAAGCCCAAGAAUGAACUUGAAAGCUGCUCUAAGCCACAACUUGCAGUUGAUUGACAACGAUGUUUGGAAGCAGUUCAAUAGAAACGAGUGGUUGCCGCUGCUUCAUAACGUCUGCAUGCUGCACAGCACAUUGCAGAUGAGGAGGAGAUUCUCUUUUGUUGGACUCAAUCUGCCAUAUGAGUUUGACUUUGGUAUUAAGUUCCUUUGGGGGUCUCUGGCUUGUUUGGUCAACGAGUUUUUCGAUGCACAGAUUCAUUUUUCCGAGGGAAGUGCUGCCUCUACGCCAGUUUCUGGACUAAGCCAGCGAAAUAUUCAAUGGCAUGGGUUAAGACAUCUUCUGACAGAGAUAAUUUAUGGAAACAGUGUAACAAAUGAAGUUGAUUACUGCGUGCUUGGUGCUAUGGUUGAUUUAUGGGUCAAUUCAUCUGCAACAAGAAAGGAUUUCGAAAUAUCAAGAGUGAAAUACAAACUGCCGUCGUCGUGUUUCAUCACUGGUGCGAAGCAGUCUUUUGUUAUUCAAGCAUUAGAGAGUAUUUCUGACAAUCUGUUUGACUCUCCUGAAAUGUGUGGCCUGUACACAACAGAUGAGACCCCCUUGCCUGACAGUCAAUAUGUAUUCACAAGACUGAAUGCCAUUUUGGACAGAAUGCCGUCAAACCCGACACUUACUCAUGUACCACCAUCGGCAACCGUCCUCGCUGGAUCAUCUGUUCCACUUGUUGUGUCCAGCGGGACGUUCCACGCUUCAGGAGCAGGCCUCCUCGCGUUAUCCAAGGCCAGUGUUUUUGGCAGUGCAUCACUGACUGCACUGAGGACAUCAGCAGAAGUUGACCUCUUUGAGAUAUGCAGCAAUGCCCUCGCAAAGCUGCCACGCCUUUGGAGUAGGGAAUUUGUCCACGAAAGGAUCCGUAAGCUCGGUGGGGCGUCUCCAUUCAACUUGUUUCUGUUAUCAGAGAUCGACUGUUUUCAUCAGCUGCAUCAGGAAAUAAAAGCAAGCUUACAGACCAUCAAGCUAGCAACAAGCGAAGAUUCUUUUGGAGACAAGCUAUCGGACCAGUAUCUUAAGGAUGCUGAAGAGCUGUACCACUUGAAGGUUCCAGAACACUAUCGAUCGUUGGCAGGCAUUAGUUCACCCCCAAACUCAUGGUCUCUUGCAACUUGGCUGUCGGACCUGCAAGCACGUUUUAACCACAUGGAAAAAAUCCUGUACCAAGGUAAAGAGAAGAUUCCGGCAUAUUGGUUGGCCGCAUUUUUCAACCCCAAAAGAAUGCUCGCGGUUAUAAUGCAGGAAGCAAUACGCCAAUAUCAGAUGCAUAGCGUUGUGUCAGAGCAGUUUGUUUUAAAAACUGAGAUAACAGGCAGGGAUAAAGACCAUCUCCGUGAACCUGCAGCUGAUGGGGUGUUCAUCCAUGGUAUCUAUGUAUGGGGGUGCAGCUGGGAAAAAACCACUGGGGAAUUGCAAGACGCUCCACCGAAGGCUGGACCCAGUCUACUUCCUGUUAUCCAUGUGACUGCGAUACCUUUUUCUGAGAAGACGUCACUAGCUGAUCCGCAGAAAUCACAGUUUUUAUACGAGUGUCCAUGCUAUGCAUCCCGCGUUUCCACCCGCGAGCCAGUGUUGCUUGUUGAUAUUGAACACAAAGACUUCCCGGCAACAAGAUGGCCCCUAAGAGGAAUCUCUUGCACCUUACGUCCGUUCUAAAUCCGUUAAGUUGUACAUAUAGCAUUCACAGUUUGGAAAUAUUUUUACUAUUUUAAGAUAGAAUCAUUGUAAAUAUUUUGAGGCGAAACUCGAUGGUAAUUCUGCAGAUACUGGAUAUUAGCAAUUGAUAAAGUGUUUCUUGUAAUUGAGAUCUUUUGGCACUGCCCGUUUUACUUGCAAAUUGUUCCAAAUUAGCUUCUGUGUUAAUUUUAAUAAACUUUAUGAAAUAGAAGGUUCUUUACAGAUAUUUAAACCCAAUGCCGUACAUAUUCUUGGCAGCUUUGGAAAUAAUGCUCUUAUGAAAUUAUUCCUCUUUGAUAUUCAUCAGUGCUCCCUUCUGAAAACAAAAGUUUUACAUUCAGCCCACCACAGGGCUUUGUACUUGCUUUAAAGUCUUUUGACUGAGCCAUUUUGCAGCUAUUCUAUCAUGGAUCAAGCUACGAUACUAUUUAAACUUAUAGGGGAAAGGUUAAUAUUGAGCCAUUUCAACAAGCGAAGUUCCCUCAAAAACCCUUAAAUCCUUCUUAUUUUUAAGUGGCCUGAAGUCUCAAUAUUUUUUAAAAGAACCAUAUCUUUCCGCCUUUUACCAUGCCUGCUGCUUUACCAUCGAUGUUUACCAGUUGUAUACAAUAACAUGGUUAAGAUUUAAUCCUUGACGUUGUAUUUUUGUAAUGUUAACCCAUGCUUUGAUGUUUCUUGAAAUAGUAUCGUCAUUAGUAAUUCUCAGAUACAUGA